AGAGUGUGAAGGCAUCAUGUCGUCUGUCAACGCUUCUAAUUCGAAAGAAUAGCCCCAGCACAUUGUGAAUAUCUACAAUGGAUUUCAGCAGUCCCAGGCUCUAUUUGUGACAACCGAGCUCGAAUUAUACGAUCUUCUUGAGAAUAAUGGCAGGAUGACAGCAUUUGAAAUAGCCUGCAAGAAAAACAUAAACUUGGACGCAACAGAGCGACUGCUAGAUUUCGCUGCUGGAUUGAAACUGAUUAGAAAAGAAGAUGGAUCAGAUCCUGCUAUCUACAGUAAUAUCCCAGAGGUAGCAGAUGCCCUACAAGCUAGUAAGCCUAACAACAUGGUGGCAGCGGUGCUCCAUGCUUCCCGCAUCCAGUACCCUUUAUUCCAGAAUUUGAGGACUGUUAUCAAGGAUGGAAAUAAUACACAGGCUUAUAAAAAUGCGUUUGGAUUUGAGGUUACCUCUGAGAAGUUUGAUUCGUUGUAUAGUAGUGACCAAGACUAUUCAACCAUUUUCCUUCAAUUUAUGCAUGAUUUGUCUUCACUCACGGCACCGGGUGUUGCUAAAUCGUUUGACCUUUCACCUUUCAGAAGAAUAUGUGACUUAGGAGGAGGCUCGGGAGCAUUAGCAUAUGCAUUAGCUUCUGAAUAUCCAGACGCUUCAGUAACAGUAUUUGAUCUACACUCUGCCAUAGAGAGUGCACAGAAAAUAAGACCUGAAAAAACAAAAAUGUUGAAAGUAGAUUUUCUUGCUGGAGAUUUUUUCAAAGACGACUUUCCUCGGGCCAACUUGUAUACCUUUGGAAGAAUUAUUCACGAUUGGGAAGAGGAUAAAGUUCACCAACUUUUAGAAAAGGCGUUUCAUUCUUUGGAAUCUGGGGGCGCUCUUUUGAUAGUAGAACUACUUUUGAAUGAGACUAAAACUGGUCCCUUGCAUGUGCUACAAUGCAACCUUGAGAUGCUUACAGAGAUGAGCGGGAGAGAAAGAACAGAGGAAGAGUACCGUCAAUUGCUGGAUCAGCAUGGCUUUGUAGAUUUUCGAUGCCAGUUUGUCAUGGGGUAUAGCAAUAUGCAUGCGAUGAUAGCUUACAAACCAUGAAGUUGGCCAUUUAAUUAACAAGUUGAACAAUAGUUAGCCACUUUAUCGAAAAUUAAAAUGUUAUUAUUAUUUAUUGUACUUGUAAUACAAAGACUUGGAUAACAAACUAUGUGUAAUAGCUGGAUUAUAUCAAAAUUGUUAUAAUGAAACUUUGAUUAAUAAAGUUAAAAUAAAAAAACAAAUUUAGGCAUAUUUCAUGAUGAUUAUUCAGACUUGUGCUUCAAAUAUUGAAACAGUUUUUUUUACAUCAAAUUAGAGAAUAGAAAAAUAAUUUUCCAGAUUUUAGUACUUCAUGCAAUAUAAUGAAGAUUUAAUAGAUUUAAUUUCAUACGUGGGCCUGUCACGCCAAAAUCGGUCUAGGGGACCGAUUUUGGUCGAAAUUUGUCCGGCGGACCGAUUUUUGCCGUCAAAAUCAGUCCUUGGAUAUAAAUAUUGGUGCAGCCAGGACUAGUUUUGGAGUAGCCUAAAUCAUUUUACCUAUGCCUGCUACAGUCCUACACUAUACGAGUUUGGUACUCAACCAACUACAGCACAGUGAGUUGUUACUAAUUGGUCUGCAUAGAUUUUUUUGAGAGAAAUCUUUAGUGGGAAAAUUGAAAUUGAAGACCAAUCAAAAUGAAGGUGAUGGCUUAAGUCCAAUCUGAAUCCUAUUUUGCAUACAUCACCUUAGUAUAAGAUUUACCGUAUUUCACAGUUGACUUUAUUUAGUAGGAAAGAGGCUGGUAUGUGUUAGUAUACAAAUAGAUGGAAAUAGAAAAGGCCGUGCUAACUUCAAUUUUACUAAAGACAAAUUAUAUCUUACAUAUAUUCAUCCCAUGUAUUGCUGUUUACACUGAAUCUGAAGUGGAAUUAUAUGCAGAUCAUUUUUUCACCUAAAUAUUUUUCCGAACAUAUCCAGGGAUCAGAUUAUAAACUCUUUUUGGGUAAAUAAUAUUGUUUUCUUUUAAUAAAAUGAGUUUACAAUUUGAAUGAAGAGAGUUAUAUUCAUGAAUGAUUUUUAUAUCUAGGCCUAUCUGAUAUGGUCUUUUAGAAAUAACUAAAUAUUGUAAAUCCCUUCAUGUAUUUUUUGAUUAAAGCUUUUGAGAAAUUACUAUUCAUUUUUAACCUAAAUUUUUAAAAAAAUGUUGAAUAAGUAGAACCAUGCCUUUAUGUUAUAUGGCCAGACAAACUGAAUUUCCACAUGAGUUACUGCAGCAUGGGUUACCAUAUUUUCGGCAAGUCAUGGUAAAAUUAUGAUUGAGAGGUAGUACUUUUUUCCCACAAUUAUAAACAUUAACAUAGUUAACUACUAUGUUUGGUUACUUCUGGUACUUUAAAGAAUAAUAAAUAAUGAUUGUUUUUAAAAGAAAGCGAGAAAGUUAAAUAUCACUGAAAAAGAAAAUAUAGUCCUUGCAUUCUACAAGUAUAACAAAACCUGAUAAAAUAACAAUACAGUAUAGUAUGUAUCAAUAGUAAUGAAAGUAUGUUAAAAACACAAAUCAAAUAUCCCAUAAUUACUAUAUAGGAUAAUAGAAGAAAGCGAGAAAUAAAAUAUAGUCAUUGCUUUGUACAAGUAUCGCAAAACCUGAACUAUUAAUAUAGUAUUUAUCAAUAGUAAUGAAAGUAUGUUAAAAGCACCACUCAAAUAUCACAUAAAUUUAUGCUCUUUAUAGCACUUGUCAAGAAUAUAUAGUAAUCACUUUAAUGUUUUACAUGUAUAUGAUUUAAAUAAAAUCCAAACUGCUGCUUUUAUGUAUCGUUUACCGCAUAAUACUUUACCACCCAACAUCAGUAAUCUUUAUACAAGAGCAUCUGAACAUCAUCAAUAUAAUACAAGAUUUUCUAGCAUCAAUUAUACUUCUCUUACUCCGUGCACAUCUAGUAUCAGGCGUUUUUUUGUUCUCUUUUGGGGUCCGAAAUUAUGGGCUAAUUUUCCUGAUGACCUAACAAAUAAAUUUACAUUGAAUAGUUUUAAAUAUCAUUUUAAGAAGUCUUUGGUCUCGGGUUAUGGUAAUUAAUUAAUUAUCUUUUUUCUUUUCUUCCUCUCAUUUCUAUUUGAGUCUUGAAAUAAUGUGUCUGGUCUUGUGUUCAAAACUGGAUUGGAUAUAAUUUUAUUGGUAUAUCAUUCUGUUAUUAUAUUAGUUGAAAUACAGCUAAACAUUGGUACCGGUCACUUUUCCAACUGUUUUGUUAAAGGUGGCUACGUCUUAAAGCUCUAGUAGA